UAACCAAUAUUCAUUUUUUGUCUUCGACACUCGGUCAAAAUACAACAAAACUUCUUCUCAUCCCUCCUGUCUCACUCUCAUCUUCUCUUCAUUCUCUUCUCUCCCAGAAAUCUCAACUAUCCUUCAACAUCGCGCUUCGGGAAUUUCUCUCUCUCUCGAGUCCUCAUUGUCCCUAAUUUCACUUCUUUCUCUGCAAAUUAACCCUAAAUCUUCCAUAUCUAACCCCUUAAUGGCUCCGACACCUUCUUCCACAACCUAGCCAUCGACUCCAGUUCUUGAAAGCCUACCCGUCACCAAACCCUAAGUCAACCCUAAAAGAAUCUCAGUCAGAGCACCCUGUCGAAGUCUUCGCUCGAAUCCAAGACUACCUAGAAGCUAAAGAAGAAGGCCUCCACGUUCCUCUUGGACCCAAUCGAAGCCUCUAGAGAGAGCCUCCUCACAGCUCAUCGAUUACUCAUUAUGUCUCUCUUUUUCGAAAUGGAUUAAUUUGGUUGUUUGUUUUGACAGAGGAUGAUACGAAUCAGGAGAUAGAGGAGGUUCAGAGACUGUUCAGAUCUGCCGCCAGGGAUUGGGUUGUAAAUUUAAGAUUCACAAAAGCCAAUGGGAUUGUGGUACCAGAAAGUGGUACCACAAAAGCCAAGUCUUCUCUGAGUGAGUCUGUCAACUCCAUUUCAGAUUCAUUUCAGCAGUCCACAUUCUCAGAGACCCAAUUCAGAAACAAUGGUGGAGAGCAAGACUGUACACUCGCCAUUGGUGACUUACGCUUCCAUGCUUUCACUGCUUACUUUCUGCCCUCCAUUUGUCAUUAUUAUGGUAUACAAUGGUACAUGCUGAUGGCUCUCUUUUUAAAACUUGGGAUUACUUGAAACAAAAUGGGCUGCAAAGUUUAUUGACAUAUGGCCAAGACCUACAGCCAUUGCCUGGAAAAUCAUCGCAUGUUAUGGCAAAUUUUGAGGCUGCACUUCAGCUGCCUUUACCUGGAAAAAAGGUUGAAGGACCAAUAUCUCCGGCUGGGUAUCGGCCUGUCUACAAGGCAAAUGGUAUGGCAGCAUAAUUUGUGACAUUACCAUGACUGGAGUUCAUUCGUUGCUUUCCAAGCCAAUAGCGGUGUUGUUAUCAGGUCUGGUAGUUUAUGUUGUAGAUCCUCAACAGGGUGAAAGCAUUAGUGAUUGUUGUGCUACUCCUAGAGAAAAGACUCUUUACAUGGCGUCACUUUUGAGUGGCCAAGGUAUGGUAUAUGCAAUUGACAUAAAUGAAGGGUGGUUGAGAAUCCUCAAAGAAAUGGCUAAGUUGCACCAAGUAGAUGGUGUCAUCACCACUAUCAAUGUUGAUAUGCGUAGUUAUACUGACAAUAAUACUAUGAAGUGUGAUAAAGUUCUGUUGGAUGCUCCAUGUUCUGGACUGGGUGUUCUCUCCAAGAGGGCAGACUUGCGUUGGAACAGGAGAUUAGAGGAUAUGGAGGAGCUUAAUUAAGAAUUUGCAGGAUGAGCUCCUUCAUGCAGCUUCUCGGUAGCUGAGAGCUUGGAGCUGGUGGGAAGAAACUUAAUUGUAGUUGAUAGAGUGUGAAGAUUUGUUGCAUGAUAACUGAGAUCCUCAAGCUGGUAAGAAGGACAGAAUGGCAUGGCACUAGAAUGCUAUCUUGUUUUGGAAUAAUUUGUAUCAGUUUUAGAUAUCCCAAGUAGAUGGGCAUGUAUUAGAAUACUUUUUUUUCUUUUAAUCUUUUAAUGUUGGCUUGGAUGAUUGGGAAAUGCUCCCUUUUAACAUUUGAUGUAUACAUAAUGGGUUGGAUUACUCA